AUGCAAGGGAUCUGGGGAGGUGAACAAGACUCGGAGCUGGAGUCUCCGAUCUUCACGGCAGUGCGGCAGGGGCAGGCAGACCUGAUACCGAUGAUCUGCCGGGCAGGAGGGAAAGUGACGGAGACCUUGAGCAACGGAGACACGCCAUUGCACGUGGCAGCCAGACAAGGAUACAAACUUUGCAUGCAAAUGCUUGUCAAGCAUGGAGCCAAUGUGUCGACAAGAAACAAAGACGGAAGGACAUGCGCGCACUUGGCUUGCGCAGGAGGGCAUGUAGAGGCGCUGAAGUACCUGGGGGAGGUAGGGGGCCGCGAGCUGCUGGCCCAGCCGGACAUGGACGGCUUCACAUGCGCGCACGAGGCGAUCAAGCAAGGGCAUGUAGAGGCGCUGAAGUACCUGGGGGAGGUAGGGGGCCGCGAGCUGCUGGCCCAGCCGGACAUGGACGGCUUCACAUGCGCGCACUUGGCGGGCGAGGGAGGGCAUGUAGAGGCGCUGAAGUACCUGGGGGAAGUAGGGGGCCGCGAGCUGCUGGCCCAGCCGGACAAUCAAGGAAGGACAUGCGCGCACUGGGCAAGUGAGAGAGGGCAUGUAGAGGCGCUGAAGUACCUGGGGGAGGUAGGGGGCCGCGAGCUGCUGGCGCUACCGGACCAUGAAGGCUGGACAUGUUGUUAUUUGGCAAGCGCAGGAGGGCAUGUAGAGGCGCUGAAGUACCUCGGGGAGGUAGGGGGCCGCGAGCUGCUGGCCCAGCCGGACAUUGAUGGAAGGACAUGCGCGCACUUGUCUUGCGGUGCAGGGCAUGUAGAGGCGCUGAAGUACCUGGGGGAAGUAGGGGGCCGCGAGCUGCUGGCCCAGCCGGACAAUCAGGGCUGGACAUGUGCACAUUUACUCAGCGAGGGAGGGCAUGUAGAGGCGCUGAAGUACCUGGGAAAGGUAGGGGGCCGCGAGCUGCUGGCACAACCAGGUCCACAAGGAAGACAUUGUACCAAUUUAGCGAGCGCAGGAGGGCAUGUAGAGGCGCUGAAGUACCUGGGAAAGGUAGGGGGCCGCGAGCUGCUGGCCCAGCCGGACAAUCGAGGAAGGACAUGCUUGCACGAGGCGGGCGAGGGAGGGCAUGUAGAGGCGCUGAAGUACCUGGGGGAGGUAGGGGGCCGCGAGCUGCUGGCCCAGCCGGACAAUCAAGGAAGGACAUGCGCGCACUUGGCUUGCGCAGGAGGGCAUGUAGAGGCGCUGAAGUACCUGGGAAAGGUAGGGGGCCGCGAGCUGCUCGCUCAGCCGGACAUGGACGGCUUCACAUGCGCGCACGAGGCGGGCGAGGGAGGGCAUGUAGAGGCGCUGAAGUACCUGGGGGAGGUAGGGGGCCGCGAGCUGCUGGCCCAGCCGGACAAUCAAGGAAGGACAUGCGCGCACGAGGCGGGCGAGCGAGGGCAUGUAGAGGCGCUGAAGUACCUGGGAAAGGUAGGGGGCCGCGAGCUGCUGGCCCAGCCGGACAACGAAGGCUGCACAUGCGCGCACGAGGCGGGCGAGGGAGGGCAUGUAGAGGCGCUGAAGUACCUGGGGGAGGUAGGGGGCCGCGAGCUGCUGGCCCAGCCGGACAAUCAAGGAAGGACAUGCGCGCACUUGGCGAGCAAGCAAGGGCAUGUAGAGGCGCUGAAGUACCUGGGAAAGGUAGGGGGCCGCGAGCUGCUGGCCCAGCCGGACGUGGACGGCUUCACAUGCGCGCACGAGGCGGGCGAGGGAGGGCAUGUAGAGGCGCUGAAGUACCUCGGGGAGGUAGGGGGCCGCGAGCUGCUGGCCCAGCCGGAUAACGAUGGCUGGACAUGCGCGCACUGGGCAAGUCAAGAGGGGCAUGUAGAGGCGCUGAAGUACCUGGGGGAGGUAGGGGGCCGCGAGCUGCUCGCCCAGCAGGACAAGCGCGGAAGGACAUGCGCGCACGAGGCGGGCGAGGGAGGGCAUGUAGAGGCGCUGAAGUACCUGAGGGAGGUAGGGGGCCGCGAGCUGCUGGCCCAGCAGGACAAUGAAGGCUGGACAUGCGCGCACUGGGCAAGUCAGAAAGGACAUGUAGAGGCGCUGAAGUACCUGGGGGAGGUAGGGGGCCGGGAGCUGCUGGCGAAACUGGCCAAGGACGGGAGGACAUGCGCGCACUUGGCGAAGGAGGGAGGGCAUGUAGAGGCGCUACGGUACUUGGAGGUGUAG